AUGGCGAAGCGCUGGGACCGGGAUCAAACGAGAUCACAACCACCCGCCGGGGCGGCUCCCAGCGCCGCGCUCCCACCCGGGCAGCCCGAGCCCGGCCGGCACCAGUUUCCGGUGGGACGCUGUGCCUCGGCGUUUCCCUUCCCCCCGGCCUGCCGCUUCCUUAAUCCCCGCCUGCCCGGUGCGCGUCUCCGGCCCGGCCUCCCCAUGCAGUCCCGGCUUCUGUGCUUCAGCGGCGGCCCCGCAGCGCGGAGAGUCCGGCUCAUUCUGCAGCAGGUGGUGCGGGGCCGCCUGGCUGCGGAGAGGCAGCUGCAGCCGGAGGUCAGGGCGCUGCACGGCUCGGGAGCCGCCGCAGGGGAUACUGUUACUAUUGGAGAUGUGUCAUUUAAACUCAAAACGCCAAAGAGCCCAGAACUUGUGCCACUGAACUACAUGUCAGACAAUUUGGCCCAAUCUGUAGUCCAACAUCUAAGAUGGAUAAUGCAAAAAGAUCUUUUGGGGCAAGAUGUUUUUCUUAUAGGGCCCCCUGGACCUCUUCGACGCUCUAUUGCCAUGCAGUACCUGGAGCUGACCAAACGAGAGGUUGAGUAUAUUGCACUAUCAAGGGACACCACAGAAACGGAUCUGAAACAGCGCAGAGAGAUCCGAGCUGGGACUGCUUUUUAUAUUGAUCAGUGUGCAGUCCGUGCAGCUACAGAAGGCAGAAUCCUUGUGUUGGAAGGUUUGGAGAAGGCAGAGCGGAACGUCUUGCCUGUGUUAAACAAUUUGUUGGAAAACAGAGAAAUGCAGCUGGAAGAUGGGCGCUUUCUUAUGUCUGCAGAACGUUAUGACAAGCUGCUACAGGAACAUACUAAAACUGAGUUAGAUGCAUGGAAGAUUGUUCGAGUAAGUGAAGAUUUUCGUGUGAUAGCACUGGGCCUGCCAGUACCUAGAUAUUCUGGUAACCCAUUGGACCCUCCUCUUCGUUCUAGAUUUCAAGCAAGAGAUGUUUAUCAUCUACCCUUUAAGGACCAUCUUAAGCUAUUAUACUCGGUUGGAUCAAAUGUUUCUGCACAGAGAAUCUCUCAGCUCUUGUCUUUUGCUACAACUCUCUGCUCCCAGGAAUCUUCUAUGCUGGGACUUCCAGAUUUUCCUUUAGACAGUUUAUCAGCUGCAGUUCAGAUUCUGGAUUCCUUCCCUAUGAUGUCAGUCCAGCAUAUAAUCAAAUGGCUUUACCCUUAUAAUGUUCUACUAGGAAAGGAAGGCAGGACUGCAGUAGAAGAUGCAUUAAAACGUUUUGAGCUCCAGGAUUCAGAAAGCCCUUUGCUUCCCAGUAGGAUUAAAAAAGUGGAACAAAUACAUGGAAGCAAGACCUUACAGGCUGAUGUAACUGUCCAGAUUGCUGAAAAAGAAGUGAAAUUCCAGGUCCCAGCUGGGACUAGACCAUUAAAACUGUGUUUUGGAUCAGACACUUUCAUAAAGACUUCCAGCCAUAAGCAGCUGUUGGCAGAAAUGAUGCAGUCACAUAUGGUUAAGGAUAUGUGUUUGAUAGGCGGAAAAGGCUGUGGCAAAACAGUUAUUGCUAAGGAGUUUGCCAAUAUGUUAGGAUACAACAUAGAGCCUAUCAUGCUGUAUCAGGAUAUGACAGCUCGAGAUUUGGUGCAGCAAAGGUAUACUCUUCCAAAUGGAGAUACUGCUUGGAGACCAUCUCCACUUGUUACUGCUGCCUUGGAUGGGAAGCUUGUUAUUCUUGAUGGUAUUCAUCGCGUCAACUCUGGCACCCUAGCUGUACUACAAAGGCUAAUCCAUGACAGAGAACUGACUCUUUACGAUGGCACCAGAUUACUAAGAGAAGAUAGGUAUCAAAGUUUAAAAGACGAACUGCAGCUCUCCGAUAAGGAACUACAACAGAGGUCCAUCUUUCUUAUCCAUCCCUCAUUCAGAAUAGUUGCCCUGGCAGAGCCUCCUGUCAUAGGAAGUAGCACAAAGCAAUGGUUGGGCCCAGAGUUUCUAACUCUGUUUCUGUUCCAUAACGUUAAGUCUUUCACCAGGAAUGAAGAAAUUCAAGUUAUUAAAGAAAUGAUUCCAAAUGUGCCCACGGUUGCGGUGGAACAGUUGUUAUCAUUAACACACAAGCUUCGGGAGACAAAUGACCCCACAGCACAGUCACUGGCAUCAUCUUUGUCCACACGACAGCUAUUACGAAUUUGUCGUCGGCUAUCACAGUAUCCAGAUGAAAGUCUCUACCAUGCUGUCAAUAAAGCCUGUCUUUCCAGGUUUUUGCCAAAUCUUGCAAGAUCAGCUUUACAUAAAAAUCUGCUGGAUUCAGGGAUUGAGAUAAACCCAGAUGAUAUUAGGAAACAAGAGGAGAAGGAUUAUAGUUGUGAAAUACAUAAUGGCUUUCUGAGGAUUGGAUCUGCCACCAUGCCCGUUUAUAAUACCAAUGAGAAAAUGAAAGUGCCUGAUGUUCUGUUUUAUGAGAACACACAGCAUAUGAUGGUGAUGGAGGAUAUGCUAAAAGACUUUUUGCUGGGAGAACACCUUCUUCUAGUUGGCAACCAGGGCGUGGGGAAAAACAAGAUUGUUGACCGAUUCCUUCACCUGUUAAAUAGACCCAGAGAAUAUUUACAGCUGCAUAGGGAUACAACUGUACAGAGCCUUACUCUGCAGCCUUCCGUUACAGAUGGCCGUAUUACAUAUGAAGACUCACCACUGGUGAAAUCAGUCAAGUUGGGGCAUAUUCUGGUUAUCGAUGAAGCAGACAAAGCACCUACAAAUGUUACCUGUAUUUUAAAAACUCUUGUGGAAAGUGGAGAAAUGGUUCUGUCGGAUGGAAGGCGCCUUGUUGCCAAUCCUGCUAAUGUAAAUGGGAGAGAAAAUGUAAUAGUAAUUCAUCCUGAUUUUAGAAUGGUAGUUCUAGCAAAUAGACCCGGAUUUCCCUUUUUGGGAAAUGAUUUUUUUGGCACACUAGGGGACAUUUUUAGCUGCCAUGCAGUUGAUAAUCCCAAACCACAGUCGGAACUGGCUAUGCUUAGACAGUAUGGACCAGAUGUUCCUGAGCCAAUCCUUCAGAAACUGGUGGCUGCUUUUGGAGAACUGAGGAGCUUGGCUGACCAAGGAAUUAUUAACUAUCCUUAUUCAACCAGAGAAGUUGUAAAUAUAGUAAAACAUUUACAGAAAUUUCCAACUGAAGGACUUGCAAAUGUGGUUCGAAAUGUGUUUGACUUUGACUCCUACAACAAUGAAAUGCGUGACACUUUGAUCAGCACUUUGCACAAACAUGGGAUACCGAUUGGAGCAAAACCUACCAGUAUACAGCUGGCCAAGGAGCUACCCUUGCCAGACCAUAAAUUUAUGGGCUACUGGAGAAUCAAUCAAUCAGGGAACGCACGGCGGAAACUACUGUGUCCAACAGAAACUCAUCAGUUAAAUAUAAAGGGUCCAGUAUAUUUAAAUGUUCAGGGAUUUCCACUGGAACGGCAUGAAGCAAGGUCCCUCAGUUUCACAGAAGAACUUGCUUUUUGGACACUGCCUUUGAAUGAGGUUAACUUAGUCUGUGAUGUUGCUGUAGCAGAAGAAGAUGAGACUGAAAAUAUGCUCUAUGUGGCUACAUGCAAUCCAGUUUCCUUAUAUUUCAUGAAUGUAUCUAGUAAAAAUGGAUACUUUGUGGAUUGUUAUGACAUCUUCCCAAGAACGGCUGGCAGCAUAUGGCAACCCUUUGUGACUGUGGCACCUCUAGGAAAUCCACUCAAAGGGCAAGUGAUUCUUCACGAAGAGCAGAGUAAUGUUGUCUUGUUGCUGGAUACGAAAACUGGUGCCAUUCAUAGACUUUUACUCUCACCAGAUACCCAAGAAGUUCCAAAGAGAGCAUCCUGGUGGGGCAACAAGGAGGAGCCGAUCAGUCACAAAAUGUGCAGAGAGUUUUCACAUAAAAACUGGCUGGUGUUCUACAAAGAAGAAGGAAACCAACUUAUUGUGCUGGAUGUACUGGAGGGUCGAACUCAUACUAUCUCACUACCUAUCAAUCUCAGAUCUGUUUUCCUAGUGGCUGAAGACCGUUGGCUCUUGGUGGAAAGCAAAACAAAUCAGAAAUUUCUUUUAACUAAGCCAGCGCAUAUGGUAUCUGAAGAGAGUGGAGUUUGCCAGCUGCAUGCAUUAAAUGAAGACCCAGUUGACAAGGGGUUUGGUUUAACAACAGCAUCUGAUUUGUGUGUGCCGCACACAGUUUCAAGUGACCAACUAUCUUCAGAGAACCUAAGCGUAGCUGUGGAACAAAAGAUCAGCUCUCCCAACAGGAUUCUCUCGGAUGUGCAUAAUUAUGCUACUAUUGUUGUUGGCUUCCCAGAACUUAUGUCUCCCAAUGAGGUGUACAGCUGGAAGAGAGGCUCCUCGCUGGGCAGCCGACAUGCUUCUCCCUCUGAUCCAUUUUACUAUGGGAGGCGCAGUAAAACCGGAGUUACAAAACAAUUUAAUUGUGUGACUUUAUUAGCUACUAAUCAAAUAGUUAGAAUUUUAGCACCUGGAGACAUCCCUUUGAAAGAACUUUAUCCAAAAGAUAUCACUCCUCCACAAACAGCUGGGUAUCUGGAAGUAACCGACCUUAACUCAAAGAAACUUAAAUACAUCCCUAUUCCCAGUUCAGUGUCUCUCUCUCCGUAUACAUCAUGGCUGUCAAAGAUCUCGGACACAGAUGUUCUGUUGGCGCCACUGGGAAAAGUAGGUUUGGUUACAGUGGAUAUGGGAGGCAGUGUCAGGCUUUGGGAGACAGGACUUGACAGCCUACAGCGUUCUCUGCAGGACUGGAGAAACAUGAUUGGACAAGAGAAUGGUAGACCUGUGCAGAUAACCAUUGAGAGAGACAGUGGUUUGGAAGUGAGCUCCCCUAAGCAUGGAAAGACAGAUCCAGACAACAUGCCCCAUGUUGGCGGAAACACCUGGGCUGGUGGAACAGGUGGGAGAGACACAGCAGGGCUGGGCGGCAAAGGUGGGCCCUAUAGACUGGAUGCUGGCCACAAAGUUUACCAGAUAUCUCAGGCUGAGAAAGAUGCUGUUCCUGAGGAGGUGAAGAGAGCUGCAAGGGAGAUGGGUGAAAAGGCCUUUAAACAGAGAUUAAAGGAGAUCCAGAUGAGUGAAUAUGAUGCAUCUACUUACGAAAGGUUCUCUGGAGCUGUCCGAAGACAAGUUCAGUCUCUCCGAAUUAUCCUAGACAAUCUGCAGGCCAAGGGUAAGGAAAGACAAUGGCUGAGACACCAAGCUAUUGGAGAGCUAGAUGAUGCCAAAAUAAUUGAUGGACUAACAGGAGAAAAAGCUAUUUAUAAACGACGGGGAGAAUUUGAGCCAGAACUUGGUAGCCCUCAGCAGAAGCCUAAGCGUUUGCGCCUGGUAGUGGAUGUUUCUGGCAGCAUGUACCGCUUUAAUGGGGUAGAUGGUCGACUGGAGCGUUCCAUGGAGGCUGUCUGCAUGGUCAUGGAAGCUUUUGAGAAUUACGAGCACAAGUUUAAGUACGAUAUCGUUGGACAUUCAGGAGAUGGCUUCAACAUUGCAUUGGUUGGGAGUGACAAAGUUCCCAAGAACAAUAAGCAAAGAUUAGAGAUUAUUAAGAUAAUGCAUGCCCAUGCUCAAUUCUGUAUGAGUGGAGACCAUACUCUGGAAGGGACGGAGCAUGCUGUUCGUGAAAUUGCCAAAGAAGAGGCUGAUGAAUAUUUUGUCAUAGUCUUGAGCGAUGCAAACCUUGAACGAUAUGGUAUCCCACCAGCAAGAUUUGCCCAAACCUUGACCAUCAACCCUCAAGUUAAUGCUUUUGCCAUAUUCAUAGGAUCCUUAGGAGACCAGGCAGACAGGCUGCAGAAGAUGCUACCAGCAGGCCGGUCUUUUAUUGCCAUGGAUACCAAGCAGAUCCCCCAGAUCUUGCAACAGAUCUUUACAUCCACCAUGUUGUCCAGUGCCUAAGACGUUCCCGUUACUAUUAAAUUUAAUAAUUGGACAUUGUAACAAGCACAAUUGAGAAACAAGCUGGCUGGUGAAAGACAAAAUCGGCACCUGAUGAAGUUAAGAACUAUAAAACUGAUAAAUAUAAUUUUCAUAUUGAAAUAUUAUAGUCCCUUAAUCGAAAUGCCAAAAACAACACUGUAGUGUAGAUUUUUGGUGAAAUCGUACAGCAUAGCCAUCAGGUGACUUAAAGUUCUGCAUUCAGAGAGAUAAGAGAGUUCAAGGGGGUUGAUGUAGUGCACAGGAUAUCUGUGUCAAAUGAACAGAGGGACAGAUGAUACAUCAUUUGUGAUCAUUCUGGCUGAUAUAUUGCCAGCAGCUCUUUGGGACAGCAUCAUUUUACUCAGUUUUAUUAGCAGUGUUUCUUGGGGUUGAAUACCAAGUUAUAGAGCAAUGUGCAAGUCAGACGCAGCUAAUCUGCCCCACUGUUGUGUGUGCUGAGUUCAGAAUUAGAAAUGCAAGUAACUGCACACUCGAACAAGACUGCUCAUCCUGAUCUGCAUCCGACCUUUGCUAUUGGAUGUCAGGAACAAUAGAAUGGUGUGGAAGCACAGAACUUUGCAGUAUAAACAUACAUUAUUGGAUCUGGAGCACAGCUCAGAGUAGUGAAAAUCCCUAGAAAAAAGUUAAUUUAUUUUUUCCUGGAAAGACAGAGCUGAAAGGGGUCAAAGUGGUCUAAGACCCACCUAUGAAGGGUGCACCACCAUGGCUUUCCCACUGCAUGGUAGCAGAUGAUGAUGUCUAGUUUCUCUGUUGCCAGGACUCCUAGGAAAGGGCCUCUUCCCCCAGAGGCUGGAUGUGCUCAUGUUUUUUUACAUUUUGCUUCCAUUUCAAGAGCUCUUUGCACUUUCUGUUUUGGUUUCUAAAAUGUGAAGCUGGAGGGCAGAUCUGUGUGUCAGAAAAUGACUUUUAAUAAAGAAGAAAAUAAGUAAAGAGGAAAAAUAGAUCGAGAGUAAAAGUAUGUGGCUUUCAUUUUGGUAGGAAAUCUGUGUUUGGGGGUCUUCUUUUAAUGCAGAACACUCUCACUCUGUGCAUCUUUUCUAUUGUAAGUAUUUUCCUCCCAUUUCCACAUUCUCAAACAGGAACUCUUGCUUUAGAAUUAAAUUGGUUGAAGUUUGUACUGCACUCUGAAGAUGAAAAUCCCUAGGUAGGGGCUAACUAAGAGUACUUUUGCAAUCACUGUGCUUCAGGAACACUGGAAUACUUAAUAAAUUGAAUUCACCAUCCUACCGCGAGUAACUGUUAACUCUCAUCACCACCAAUAAAAAGACUCUUGCCCCAUGGUUGAUUAUUAUAAACUAUUAUAAAGAGGUGAAAGAAAGAGCACUGUCUCCAAUCAUGCUUAGAAAUUGUGGUACUUCACUGCGAAAACGAGUUUCCUAACUCCUACAAGAUUUCUAACUACAUUAAAGCUGCUGUUUGGGUGGGAUGAGGGAUGGAGAGAGAGCAUCUGUUUGUUCCUUCAUUUCUACAAAACCAUCACAGUUUUUAAAUGCACCAUAAUGCAUUUUUGCUAGUCUUGCCAUUUUCCACCGUGUCAUAAUAACAUAAGAACGGCCAUACUCGGUCAGACCAAAGGUCCAUCCAGCCCAGUAUCCUGUCCUCUGACAAUGGCCAAUGCCAGGUGUCCCAGAGGGAGUGAACCUAACAGGUAAUGAUCAAGUUUCAAUCCCACAGCAGCAUUAUGGACCCAAUCCUAUAAGAUGAUGAGAAUCCUCAACUUCCAUUCAAGUACAAAGGCAGUCGAGAGUGCUCAGCGACUCAACAAAUGAGGCGUUCUGGCCUCGAUGCACAAAAGGAGCUAGGUGCUAAGUGCCAGGGAUGGCUCUACUGCAGUGCACAAAACUCCUGACUAACUCUGUAGGUGCCUAAACUCACUCAACACCUAACGUUUCAGGGUAAAAGUUCCCAAGGCACCUACGUUUAUGCCUCUGGGCAUGCGGUCAAACCCAGAUCAUAGAAUCAUAGAAUAUCAGGGUUGGAAGGGACCUCAAGAGGUCAUCUAGUCCAACCCCCUGCUCAAAGCAGGACCAAUUCCCAACUAAGUCAUCCCAGCCAGGGCUUUGUCAAGCCGGGCCUUAAAAACCUCCAAGGAAGGAGACUCCACCACCUCCCUAGGUAACGCAUUCCAGUGCUUCACCACCCUCCUAGUGAAAUAGUGUUUCCUAAUAUCCAACCUGGACCUCCGCCACUGCAACUUGAGACCAUUGCUCCUUGUUCUGUCAUCUGCCACCACUGAGAACAGCCGAGCUCCAUCCUCUUUGGAACCCCCCUUCAGGUAGUUGAAGGCUGCUAUCAAAUCCCCCCUCAUUCUUCUCUUCUGGAGACUAAACAAUCCCAGUUCCCUCAGCCUCUCCUCAUAAGUCAUGUGCUCCAGACCCCUAAUCAUUUUUGUUGCCCUCCGCUGGACUCUUUCCAAUUUUUCCACAUCCUUCUUGUAGUGUGGGGCCCAAAACUGGACACAGUAUUCUAGAUGAGGCCUCACCAAUGUCGAAUAAAGGGGAACGAUCACGUUCCUUGAUCUGCUAGCAAUGCCCCUACUUAUACAGCCCAAAAUGCCGUUAGCCUUCUUGGCAACAAGAGCACACUGUUGACUCAUAUCCAGCUUCUCGUCCACUGUGACCCCUAGGUCCUUUUCUGCAGAACUGCUACCUAGCCAUUCGGUCCCUAGUCUGUAGCAGUGCAUGGGAUUCUUCCGUCCUAAGUGCAGGACUCUGCACUUGUCCUUGUUGAACCUCAUCAGGUUUUUUUUUGGCCCAAUCCUCUAAUUUGUCUAGGUCCAUCUGUAUCCGAUCCUUACCCUCUAGUGUAUCUACCACGCCUCCGAGUUUAGUGUCAUCUGCAAACUUGCUGAGAGUGCAGUCCACACCAUCCAGAUUUCCUGCCUGAGUCACAGGGACGACAGGGAUUCAGCCGUCUAAAUCGUGUGCAGGGUCUGCUGCUGUAGGAGUGCUCAAAUGUCCUAUUCAAAAGCCAGCCGGAGGAGGCGGUGGGCAUGGUUCCCACUAUAACUUUUAGCCCAUUGGUUAGAGCACUCACCUGGGAUGUGGGAAACCCAAAUUAAAUUGCCCCCACUGACAGAUACCUAAUACCAUGGCAAUAAGUCUUGCCCCAGUAUUGUGAAGUAAUUGUUCAAACUAAACUCCACAGAUUCAAAAUGACUUUAAAAAGUGGCCAGGCAAUCAAAGCAACAUCCAGCUGGUCUGUCAUGCUUCCUGGAGAGACGAGAGCAUUGGGACCCUACUCUGUGUCUGGAUUAAAAAACAAACCAUACAAUUGCUGCCUGUACUUUUCAAAAUAUGAUUAUAUAAGCUUCUUAGACCUAUAAACACAUUCAUUGUAUUUAUAAGAGACCCCUAAGUAGAAUAGUGCUAAAUGGAGUUAUUACUCCUUAGCACUCAACUUUUUGCAAUUUCUCAAAACUCUGCUUUUAUCCUUAAAGAUUCUUACAGUUAGGAAAAUACUUUCCCCUUUAAAAUAACUAAAGAUUUUAUCAUACUUACUGUACUGUAGACCACUUGAUUGUACAGAUCCAUCCCUGGUGUAACUCCAUUUACUUCAGUGACCUCAUUAACUUUACAAUAGAGAUUAAUGGGGUAUUUCUUUUGGGGACACAGUAGAGUGGUUUAGAUUAAAUUUUGAACUAAUAUUUUAAAAAGGAAACUGACAAGGGUAAAUAUGUUUACAAAAAGUAUGGAACAUAUCACCUCAGAUUAUUAAAAAUGCUUAAAUCUAGCGUACUAGUUAUUUAGGCUAUUUAUUUAAUUAUGUGCAGUUCUCUCACCUGGCACAAUGAAAAUACUUGUUUUAUUUUGUUUCCAGCCAGAGUCUGUUCAAUUUUACUUCCAGAUUCCAUGUACUAACAGCAUGCUGCAGCGAUUACAACCCAAACACUUCAAGGGACUUUUUUUUAAAGCAUUUUCCAGUGGAAUUUAAGACACUCCCCCUCCUCUCUGCCCCCCCCCCCCCCCCCCAAACCAUGAAAUGAUUUCAGUUGGUUCUGGAAAGGUCUUUACUUAUGUGUCUCAGUUCUGGGACAUAGUUGACCUGACAGCGUCCCUUUACGUUGUUAUAAUAUGAUGAGAAAUUCUGUCUGGACUCUCUAUAUCUCACCUGCUUUAAUAUCCAUCACUCUGGCAUUGAGAAAUCAAAAUAGCAGCUGUUCUUCCCCUCCCUCUAGAAUCUACAAAAAGAAAUUCUGCUGCUCAGCCAGUUAAUAGAAGAAUUUAGCAAACUCACACUGGUCUUCUGUGUCCUUAAGUCACGACAGAGCUUUCAAAUAUGCAAUUAAUGAAAACAGUUAUGAGAAACAUGUUGAUUAGCUGUUCACUUCAGCACUGCCCGUUUAGCAUCUGUAUUUGUUAAUAUUCCAGAGUCCACCAAAGCAUAUGUACCAACAACCCCCUUAAAUUGCCAUUUGAUUUAAUAAGACUUAUUGUAUCUUAAAAGGAGGACAUAUGACUUCUCCUUUUCUCACUGUUUAUUAUACCAUCUUAGAAGUUUGAAACAAAUCUAUUAUUUACUGAACUGUCAUUGCUUCGUUGCAUGGGUAUUAUUGUUUGUUGUUGUAGGGUUCUGAUUUACUGCAGCUGAUGUAACAUUAGCACCCUUGCUUAAGUAAUCUUAACUACCUCUAAUAAUGCAAUUUUUUUAAUUGGUUUUCAUUAAAAUCAUUAAAUGAUUGUGUGUAUAAAGUGUAAUCAUGCUGAAUAUUUGUUGUUUUUCAUUUCAAGCAACAUGAGACAGCUUGAUGUAUUUAUUAUCAUCAGGAUUAUGAUGCAUACUGCAGCAAAUGGUAUAAAUAGAGUACAGAAUGUAUUCUGUUGGAAUGUGAAAAGUGCAUUAGACAAGCACAUUUAAAAACUUAAAGCAGCCUUGUAUGGUGACUUGUAAAAUGCCCCGUGUUAGUAUAAAGCGCCUAAAUAAAGUGUGAAAGAUUAAGAGCAGGUUGCUAACCCUUGACAUUGACUCCAGCAGUGUUGUUGUAGCUGUGCUGGUCCAGGAUAUUCGUGAGACAAGGUGGGUGAAGUAUUAUCUUUUAUUGGACCAACUUCUGUUGGUGAGAAAGACAAGCUUUUCUUCAGCUCUGUGUAAGCUCGAAAGCAUGUCUCUCUCACCAACAGAAGUUGGUCCAAUAAAAAAUAUUACCUCACCUCACCCACCUUGUUUCACUGACCCCAUCACUCAUUCAGUUACAUAUUUUGAAGUUUAUGUAGUUACAAUCUAUCAUCUCUAGCUUAGUUUCCUUUGCAGACAUGCCUGGAAAUCAUUAUGUAUGUAAUGCUAUAGCUCAGAGUCUUCCAUUGUAAAAUUUAGAAUGCAUUUUUAAUUUCUUAAUUUAAUACACUGAUGUAACAAUCAAUGGAAAGACAAACAUACAACAGGAACAGUGCUGUUGAAUUGCAGUAUGGCUUCUGUCUUCAAAAUUGGGUUCUUAUCCAAAAGUUUAUUGGGUUACUUUGUAUCUGUAAAAUAAACUUCAUUGCUGCUGUCAGGUUGGGGACAAAUGUGAGAGCUCUAGAGGUUGUGCUUUUCUUGCAGGGACUACGCAUUUUAAAGCCAUGGAUCAAAACUGUUUGAAUACUUGUGUUACAGAUGUGUUUAAGAAAUCACUUUUUGUUAUGUUGUUCAUUGCAAGUAUCUCUUUGAUUGUUAAAGUUUCUACAAAACAACUGAGAACAUACAAGUUAAUUUACCUGAUACCAAUAAAAUUCACUAACUUGUGCUGAAGGCAGAAAGAUAUA